ACCAGGAGAAUAAAAGCAGGAGCUCAGGGCACUCAGCUCCAAAGUGAGUUCCUUCCUCACUGCCACACCUCAGUCACCAGCCCACAGCCGCCGCUGCACCAUGAAGCUGCUGACAGUCCUCAUGCUGAUCGCCCUGCCCCUCUCCUGCUUUGCAGGUUCUGGCUGCACGCUCCUUGAGAGGGGGAUAAAUGACACUCUUUACAAUGAAGUGGGCGUUGAUGAGUACCUCAGGACCUAUGAAGAGUUCAUAGAUGGUGAAGCCGAGGAACGUGCCGCCACCCAACUGAAGCAAUGUUUUGUCAAGCAGGACGGCGAAACUGUGGACAACGUCCAAGUGAUGCUGCAAACAAUCUAUAACAGUAUCUGGUGUGCUGAAUAUUAAGUUUCCCGAAGACCUUCGGCCCAGACGACUACAGAGAAUGAUCAGAAUUCAGUGUGCAUUAGUAGAAACCACAGCUUACCUUUCUUUUUCUGUCUUUUGAUCUGCAAACUGCAAGACAAUUGUUGAAACCUCAAAUACAUUUUCAUUUCAAUAAAGUAUCUGCAAACCUAAA